AUGCUGAUGCGCCACGGCGAGCGCUAUCCCGAUUCUUAUUCCGCUGCUAAGAUCGAAGCCACGCUGGCCAAAGUCUACGCUUCCGGGAUCACCAGAUGGGAGGGCGAUCUAUCUUUCUUGAACGGAUGGACCUCGUACCUCUCCAAUCUAGCCCACUUGGAGCAGGAGACCUUCUCCGGUCCAUAUUCAGGUCUUCUAGACGCCUUCAAGCGAGGCUCAGAGUACAGUUCUCGGUACGGACAUCUAUGGGACGAAGAGUCGACCAUCCCAAUCUUCGCCGGUGGCUACGAACGCGUAGUAGAAACAGCAAGAUAUUUCGGCAUGGGGUUCUUCGGCUACAACUAUUCGACCAGCGCGGCAAUGAACAUUAUAUCUGAAAAUUACACCCAGGGCGCCGACAGCCUUACCCCGACUUGUCUCGCAGACACAGGCUUGGUAGCCUGCUUUUUGGCGCAGAGGACUCUGCCACAGUUUGACGUCGCCGUACAGAGGUUCAACUCCCAGAACCCAGGCCUCAACCUGAACUCUUCCGACAUCAUGUCGCUUAUGAGCGUGGGCACCUUUGAACUUCAAGCUCGACCAUAUUCGCCCUGGAUCAACGCAUUCACCCUCGACGAAUGGGUUGCGUUCGGGUACAUCCAGGAUUUGUCCUACUAUUACUGCGCAGGACCUGGCGAUCCCUAUCAGGUUGCAGUCGGCCAAGUGUUUGCCAACGCCUCGUUUGCCCUUUUGCAAGCUGGUCCCGAGCAUCUGAGCAUGUCCUGGAACUUCGCUUACGAUGCGUACAUCACGCCCGUGCUUGCAGCACUAGGUCUGAAUGUCCCUGCAUCUCCGCUGCCAAACAAUUCAAUCCCGUUCCCAAAUCCGUACAACUCCGCCGACAUAGUCCCCAUGGGCGCUCACCUUGUUCUAGAACGACUCUCGUGCAACGCCACAGCCAUGAGCAGCCCUGGGGUGUUCGUCCGGGCUCUGCUCAAUGAGGCGGUUGUGCCUUGGCCACAGUGUCAAAGCGGGCCUGGCUUCUCGUGUCCAUUGGAUGAAUUCGCGGGCAUCGUGGGACAGAUCCCCAGCUUCGUGGAGACGUGUGGUGUGGCGAAGGCGGGAUAUCCCGAAUACUUGGACUUUUGGUGGAAUUAUAAUACAACCACAGCAUUGAAAUAUCAGAACGGGCCAAUUACGUAUCAGGAGAAAUACACAUUAGUCUAG